GGGUUUCACUCCGGCUGGCGCCGCCGCCUCGCGCGCUCCUGCUCCGCCGCGACCAUCCGGGGGGCUGCUCCUCCCAAGUACCAUGUGUGACGGCGCCCUGCUGCCUCCCCUCGCCCUGCCCUUGCUGCUGCUGCUGGUUUGGGGACUGGACCCGGGCACAGCUGUCGGCGACGCGGCGGCGACGUGAAGUGUGCUCCCGCGGCGGGUGCGCCCGGACGACGUGCACCUGCCGCCGCUGCUGCCCGGGGUCCCCAGGCCCCAGACGCGGCGGCGCCCCCGCGCGCCCCCAGCCGUCCCGCGCCCCCCGCCCGGCGAGCGCGCGCUGCUGCUGCACCUGCCGGCCUUCGGGCGCGACCUGUACCUGCAGCUGCGCCGCGACCUGCGCUUCCUGUCCCGCGGCUUCGAGGUGGAGGAGGCCGGCGAGGCCUGGCGCCGGGGACGCCCCGCCGAGCUGUGCUUCUACUCGGGCCGCGUGCUGGGCCACCCGGGCUCCCUGGUCUCCAUCAGCACCUGCGGCGCCGCCGGCGGCCUGGUCGGCCUCAUCCAGCUGGGGCAGGAACAGGUGCUCCUCCAGCCCCUCAACAGCUCCCGGGGCCCGCUCGGCGGCCGAGAACACCUGCUCAGGCGCAAAUGGUCCCGGGCACCCAGCCCCUCCGCCGAGGCCCAGGCCCCGGGCCCGCUCUGCCAGGUGCUAACAGAAAAGAAGAAGCCGAGGAAGGGCGGGCCGUCGCCGGACUGGCGGGAGCGGAGGAGCGCCAUCCGGCUCACCAACGAGCACACCGUGGAGACCCUGGUGGUGGCCGACGCCGACAUGGUGCAGUACCACGGGGCCGAGGCCGCACAGAGGUUCAUCCUCACCGUCAUGAACAUGGUUUACAAUAUGUUCCAGCACCAGACCCUGGGGAUUAAGGUGAACAUCCAGGUCACCAAGCUCGUGCUGCUGCGACAGCGCCCGGCCAAGCUGUCCAUUGGGCACCACGGAGAGCGGUCCCUGGAGAGCUUCUGCCACUGGCAGAACGAGGAAUACGGAGGCGCCCGGUACCUCGGCAACAACCAGGUGCCCGGAGGCAAGGACGACACGCCCCCCGUGGACGCCGCCGUGUUCGUGACCAGGACAGAUUUCUGCGUGCACAAAGACGAACCGUGCGACACCGUCGGGAUUGCUUACUUAGGAGGCGUGUGCAGCGCCAAGAGGAAAUGUGUGCUCGCCGAAGACAACGGCCUCAACCUCGCCUUCACCAUCGCCCAUGAGCUGGGCCACAACUUGGGCAUGAACCACGACGACGACCACUCGUCCUGCGCCGGAAGGUCCCACAUCAUGUCGGGGGAGUGGGUGAAAGGCCGGAACCCCAGCGACCUCUCCUGGUCCUCCUGCAGUCGAGAUGACCUUGAAAACUUCCUCAAGUCGAAAGUCAGCACCUGCUUGCUGGUCACAGACCCCCGGAGCCAGCACGCCGUGCGCCUCCCUCACAAGCUGCCUGGCAUGCACUACAGCGCCAACGAGCAGUGCCAGAUCCUGUUUGGCACCAACGCCACCUUCUGCAGAAACAUGGAGCAUCUGAUGUGCGCGGGGCUGUGGUGCCUGGUGGAAGGAGACGCCUCCUGCAAGACCAAGCUGGACCCGCCCCUGGACGGCACCGAGUGUGGGGCCGACAAGGUACCCGCCUCCCAUAAGCCGUGUGAGCUGUACUGCUCGCCCCUGGGGAAGGAGUCCCCGCUGCUGGUGGCCGACAGGGUCCUGGACGGCACGCCCUGCGGGCCCUACGAGACCGACCUCUGCGUGCACGGCAGGUGCCAGAAAAUCGGCUGCGACGGCAUCAUCGGGUCGGCGGCCAAAGAGGACCGGUGCGGGGUGUGCAGCGGGGACGGCAAGACCUGCCGCGUGGUCAAGGGCGACUUCAGCCACUCCCGGGGGACAGGCUAUAUCGAAGCCGCUGUCAUUCCCGCCGGAGCUCGGAGGAUCCGCGUGGUGGAGGACAAACCCGCCCACAGUUUCCUAGCCCUCAAAGACUCCAGUAGGAGGUCCAUCAACAGCGACUGGAAGAUCGAGCUCCCCGGAGAGUUCCAGAUCGCCGGCACCACAGUCCGCUACGUCCGCAGGGGCCUGUGGGAGAAAAUUUCUGCCAAGGGACCGACCAAAAUUCCCCUGCACUUGAUGGUGUUGUUAUUUCAUGACCAGAAUUACGGAAUUCACUACGAGUACACCAUCCCCGUGAACGCCACGGCUGAAAAUCAGAGCGAGCCCGAGAAACCCCACGAUUCCUUGUUCAUCUGGACCCACAGCGGCUGGGAGGGGUGCAGCGUGCAGUGUGGAGGAGGGGAACGCAGGACCAUCGUGUCCUGCACGCGCAUCGUGAACAAGACCACGACGCUGGUGAAUGACAGCGACUGCCCCGCAGCGAGCCGCCCGGAGCCCCAGGUCCGAAGGUGCAACUCACACCCAUGCCAGGCACGGUGGGUGGCCGGCCCGUGGAGCCCCUGCUCAGCGACCUGCGAGAAGGGCGUCCAGCAGCGGGAGGUGACCUGCGUGCACCAGCUGCAGAACGGCACCCACGUCACCACGCGGCCCCUCUACUGCCAGGGCGCCCGGCCCGCGCCCGUGCAGAGCUGCGAGGGCCAGGACUGCCUGUCCAUCUGGGAAGCGUCUGAGUGGUCACAGCUGUGUUUUGCAGUGUUCCCGCCCAGCUGUGGCCACGGCACGCAGAAGCGCACCGUGACCUGCACCAACUCCCAAGGGAAGUGCGACGCGUCCACCCGGCCCCGCGCGGAGGAGGCGUGCGAGGACUACUCCGGCUGCUACGCCUGGAGGACCGGGGACUGGUCCAAGUGCUCCUCCACCUGCGGGAAGGGCCUGCAGUCCCGCGUGGUGCAGUGCAUGCACAAGGUCACCGGGCGCCACGGCAACGAGUGCCCCACCCUCUCGAAGCCCGCGGCCUACAGGCAGUGCCACCAGGAGGUCUGCAACGACAAGAUCAAUGUGAACACCAUCACCUCCCCGCGCCUCGCUGCCCUGACCUACAAAUGCACGCGGGACCAGUGGACCGUGUACUGUCGGGUCAUCCGGGAAAAGAACCUUUGCCAGGACAUGCGGUGGUACCAGCGUUGCUGCCAGACGUGCAGGGACUUCUACGCCAACAAGAUGCGCCGGCCGCUGCCCCCGCCCUCACCAAGCUCAUGACACGCGCUCCCGCAGUCCCGCCACACUCCAGGGCAAGCUGAACACCCACCCAUCUGAGGGCACAGCAGUCCUGCAGCCAGGAUGCUCCAAAGCACAGCGCCCCUCCCCCACAGGCCGUCCCAAGAAUCCGGUCCCCGUAGAACUCAAGUGUGGACUUGACCUUUGCCCUUGGUGCUUUUAUACUUAAUAUAUUGUUCAGAGCCACUGGAUGGCUUUCUGCAGUAAGGGGAAGAUAGGCCUGAGCCACAGAAUCGGCACAGUCUCGAAGGUCCCCUGGACCUCAACGGGGGCACCUCUGACAACCGACAGCAGAGCAAGACGUCAUUGGCCGCCUCUGCCUCGGCUCUCUUCCGACGUCCGAAUUCCCGGUGCUUCGUGUAUCACGGGUGGAGUAGCCCAAACGAGACCGCGGACAUGAAAUCGGGCUUCAUUCUGAAAGCCAGCGGCACCCUGGGCGGAAGGACAGAUGCCGG